CGUCGGAGGUUGUGGACUGGACGCCGAUGUCAAGGAACGUCUCAAGUUGCGUCGCGAGAAGGACGUAUAUGUCCUGGCAAGUGCCCUCGGAACGACGUAGCAUGGAACAGAUUCGAAGAACGCAAGUGCAAGUGCGCACCUAACGACGGUUGUAAUGCUGCACGAACGAACCAGACAAGUUCCUCAACUUUAAAACCCGUGUCCAUCCCGUCCUUUAGUGCAUUUACUCGAUGGACCAGUCUCUCGCCGAUUCUCGUUAAUUCUCCCCCAGGACGUGCGCCAGGUUAACCCCACGACUGCCGUUCAAAGGACCGCCACCGCAACCAAGAAGCCCCUCUAAAAUGGUCAAUCCAGUGAUGGUGAAUUUAGCACUGACCAACAAAAACAAAUGUCAAUCGCUGAAUCGGGUGGUACACCUGGGGGCAAAGUCGGAAAACAAGGACCAGAUCCUGCUUCCCGGUUUAUAUGUAGCAUGAUUAGCCAGAACCGUCGUGAGGAGGGAGUUUAUCAUUCAGUUCCAGAAUCAAACAACGGCCUCGUAGCUAGACCACCUUGGAGGUCAACCGAUGCCCUGUAAAGACAGCUCAAAAAACCUGCAUGAUCUCAGCCUGCUUCACUACAUGGGGAACACUGGGGCCACGACCGAGAACCGAGGGGUCCGCAGCGCUGCCCACCGGACAGAAAGGAACUGGCUUCGCGAGCAGCAAAAAGCAAGUCACGUUCCGUCCCAUCCCGGCGAAGCGUAGGAACCGGUGAGCAGUGUACAACCUCAGCUCCGAUGGAAUGUCAUGAGCGACAGAUUAAAUGCUGCACUUACGCGUAAGGUCAAGAUCAACCGGAACCGGUUCACGUUCCCGGCCAAUUCUUUUGGUAAAUUUCUUGUGUCAUUUUCGUCCAGU